AUUUAGUGUCGUUUGAAUUACAUAAACUGGCAGAUAACCCGUUAACCAGUAUAGCAUUACAGUUGAUGGUGUUAACAUAAGAAUAAGAGUCUCACAGAAUGAUGAUUUCACUGAAACCUUUGCUAAUGGUGCUCGUUUUUACUGUCGUGUUUGAAUGUCACAAGUUGGACACUUUUGCGGAAAGAAACAAGCAAAACAUUCAAGCACUUGAUUUUGCGAAACUUCUGCAGAUGAAUGAAGAUGCAUACAGACCAGCAAAUAAGCGGAAUAUAUGGGAGGAUACAAAUGACCUUUCAGAACGACAACCGGAUGAACGUCCAGUUGUUGAAACACGUUUUACAAGCCCUAACGAAAAUCCGACUUUUUAUUCAAAUUCACUCCAUUCUAUAAAAAAGGAAAUGAAUGGAGAAAUAAUUGAUGAUCUUCAAAAACGUCAUCCUGCUAAAUAUCUAGACGCUUACUCAAGUGCAAAUUCCACUUCUGAUAAUUUUAGACAGAGGAAAGAGAAACCAAAUAGACAGAUUAAUUUUUAUUCCUUUCCACCAAUCGAGUCAAAUACUUUGGACAAUCAGAAUAGACAAAAACAGCGAAAGCGCUCUGCGUUCAAUAUAAAUGCACUGGUAGCUUAUCUGAAAAGGCUGAAACAGCAGUCAUCAGACAAAAAGACUUCACCUUCGGAUCUUAGAACAGAUACUCAAAAAGACAGGGAUGAUUACGACAUAGAUCGAAAAACUAGUUUCCUUUUUGGUAACAGUCCACAGGAUGGUAUGCCACCCUACCGGGAUAUAAAUGAUCUGGUAGCUAAUCUGAAAAAGCUAAAACAGCAGUCAUCCCAACAGAGAAUUUCGCCUUCAAAGUCAGAUACGCAAAUGGACAAGGAUGGUUACGAAAGAGAUCAAAAAACUAGUUUCCUUUUCGGAGGAAAUAUGCCAGUCUCAGGUGCCAGCUUCCGUCAGGGAUUUCCUUUAGGGAAGCCAAACAGUAAUUCUGUCAGGACAGAAAGAUGUUCAAAUACCUCUACAUUCUUUGCAAAGGCGUUUGGUGGAAAAACUGGCGUGAUGCUUUCUGAGAUCUGGAAAGAUUGGUACCGGAAACAUUGCAAGACAGAGACCAAUCAGAAAUGCGAUGACAACAAACGUUACGCCUCAGCAGACGGUUCUUGUAACAACUUAGAUCAUCCAUCUUGGGGUGUGACUAACAGUAACCAAGGGAGAUACGUUCCAGCAGAGUACAAUGAUGGAUUUAACGAGCCACGAAUUUAUGGCAAAUAUGGUACCAAGCUUCCAGAGCCAAGACUUAUAAGUAAUAUGCUAUUCAGACCACAGAAAUCAACGAAACUAUCGCAGGAUCUCACGAUACUUCAUAUGGCAUGGGGACAGUUUAUGAUACAUGAUGUGGUAAAAACACCUAUUACAAAAGGGGUUAAAGGGUCAGAUAUACAGUGUUGCGGUGAAAACGCUGAAAACAGUCCGGAUUGCUUCAGUUUAGCGAUUCCAUCAAAUGAUCCUUACUUCAGCACAGAUCGUCAAUGUUUGAACUUUGUGAGAUCACGUCCAGGAAAACUAAACGACAAUUUGCCAGGUAUAAGAGAACAAAUAAAUGAAGUAACAUCUUUUUUGGAUGGUUCUGUCAUAUAUGGCUCUAGUGAAGAACAGAUGAAAGAUUUGAAGAUGGGAUAUAAAGGACUUUUAGCAACAAAAGAAUGUCCAUUUUCACAGAAAGUCUUAAAUUUUAUGAGAAAACCCACCAUUGAAACAGAGGGCUGCAGGUCUUUACCAAAGGGACCUGAUGCGCCUUGCUUUGUGCUUUCCAAAGGAGAUUACCAUGAUUACUGUCAAAAAGCAGGUGAUAAGCGAGUUAACGUUGUCCCAAAUCUAUGUGCUUUACACAAUCUUUUCGUUAGAUAUCACAACAAAAUCGCUGAGAGGCUUGCACAAGUUAAUUUCAUAUCGUGGUCUUCAGAUCAGUUAUUUGAAGAGACAAGAAAAAUUGUCACCGCCAUUUUACAACAUGUGACAUAUAACGAGUACUUACCAGUGGUCAUUGGUAAAAGGAACAUGAUAAAAUACAAACUAUUUUCCGCGGAGACCGGUUUUGACAAUGUUUACAACGAAAUGGUGGAUGCCACAGUCAAAAACAGUUUUGGAGCAGCUGCUUUUAGAUUUGGACAUUCUCAAAUUACUAAUUACCAAUCUAGGAUGAAUUCUCAAUACACCCGUUACUCAGAAACACCGAUUGAGCAGACAUUCAAAAGACCGGGAAUGUGCACAGCACAACACGGGAAAAAUAUUCCUGAUCUCCUAAGAUGGAUGUUUACUGACAAGUCUGCAGAGACUGAUAGAUACUUUGAAUCUGGAGUGAGGGAUAAAUUAUUUUCUAAACAACAAGGGAAAACCUUAGAUUUGCCUGCUAUGAACAUUCAACGAGGAAGGGACCAUGGACUUCCUGGUUACAACGCUUUCCGAAGAUGGUGCAAUCUUGCUGUGGGCUACAGUUUUGGGAGAAGAAAUACAUGGUCACUGUCCGACCAUUCGUAUUCAAACACAAGACUUUUAAGGAAAAUAUAUAGACAUCCCGAUGAUAUUGACCUAUUUGUUGGCGGAAUAUCCGAAACUCACGUGACAGAUGGAGUUGUUGGGCCAACAUUUGCGUGUAUCAUUGGUCAGCAGUUUCGAGAUAUUAAACUUGGAGACCGGUUUUGGUAUGAGAAUAAGUUGGCAAUUACAAGCUUUACUUUGGAUCAAGUGAACGAGAUUAAAAAGGUGAAAUUAUCUCAAGUUAUUUGCAAAGGAAGCGAUGUUAAUAGUGUCCAGGAAAACCCACUUAAAGCACCGUCAUUCGAGAAUCCUCGACGUGAAUGCAGUGAUUUUCCAUAUAUCGACUUAAACAAAUGGAAAGUGCCUACUUAUGGAGAAACAUUCACUAUGUUUGGAAAGACUUAUCAAAAGAAUGGUGGCAUUGUGUGAACCUUCAGGACAUGCAAGAUAGUCCGAUUCCGAAACACAAAAAAAAACAAGAUAAUGAAUUAGGACUAUUUAUAUUCUUAUAGAUAGAUAUAUAUUCUAUGUUAUGUUUUGAAAAUGUAUUCUCGUAGUUUUAUAUUAUUCGAUAUUUUCCUGACACGGUUUUAAACAGAAGACAAAAGGUAUUGUAUGUUUAUUUUUAUGGUAUUUGAAAUCAAAAUUAAAAAUCGAA